CAAUAUCUGGUGUAUAUUUACCACUUUGUGAAAGAGUGGCGCAAGCAUCCAAAGUGGUCAUUCUCCUGCUGCCUGGCCUUGCUAUUGCCACUUAAUCAACUACAAGGAGAGAUACGCGGAUUAACUGGCAGGAACAUACUCAAUCAGCAACUGCAAACUGGUGACAUCGAGAUGCCAACCAUUGCUAGUACUUUAAGGGAGAGUGGGGCAGUUGAUGUUACUCUUGAAGACCAUAGUGCAGAACGAGAACAGGAGGCAACAACUGACGAGAAAACCAUUGAACACGGCGUUUUGACAGUUGCAAAGGUGAUCUGUGCUAGUACUUUAGGGGAGAGUGGGGCAGUUGAUGUUACUCUUGAAGAUCACAAUGCAGAACGUGAACAAGAGGACACAACAACUGACGAGAAAACCAUUGAACAGGGCGUUUUGACAACUGCAAAGGUGAUCUGUGCUAGUACUUUAAGGGAGAGUGGGGCAUUUGAUGUUACUCUUGAAGAUUAUGAUGCAGAUCGUGAACAAGAGGAGGCAACAACUGACGAGGAAACCACUGAACAGAGCGUUCAGACAAUUGUAGAGGUGGUUAUUCAUGCGCCUCCAAGAGAAACUUACGACACCAAACUCUAA